AUGGCGGAGCAGCAAUCCACGUGCGCGAGAGUUGAGCCAGCUGAACCAGAACCAACCCAUUCUUCUUGUGCAGAAACAAAACAAAAAUCAAUUAAGAAGCCAACGGGGUGGAACUCCUUUAUGCAGUCAGUUGCGGUGAGUUUGUUUUGUAUUUCCCGAAAUAUUCAAUCAUUUUCAGCCUGGAUAAAGUGCUUGUUCAUCCUUUACAUCCGAUUACAAGUGAUUAAGAUUAAGUCAUCAGAAAUAUCAGUGAAAAAUAAACCGCAUGUAAAAUUUUCGUUUAUGUCAUUAACAAAUAUGUUAUCUAUAAGUGUUGCACUUAUAUUCGUUAUUCUUGUAGGCCUUGAAAUUACAUUCGAUAUAAGCUGAUAUAGUUUCCUCGUUCUUUGUAUCAUUCCACAGCCAGAUGUCAAGGAACAACUUGGAAAGGGGGCAGGAAUCGGGCAGGUUUCCAAAGUGGUUGGCAAUAUGUGGAAGAAAUUGCCGACAGACAGACGAAAGGUUAGUUAUAAACUUCUAACAUUGCGAGUGUUUGUGUAUUAACCCUGCCCCAUUUCAGUGGACUGCUAUGUGGUUUACAUGGCUAACUUUGUAAGGACCGAGAGUGUAAAUGUUCUCGUCAAACUUUCCAAUUAAAAGUAUUUUAGGUUAUGAAUGUUGAUCUUGAAUCAAGCUGGGACCUCAAGCUGAAUGUCAAUUUUGUAAUAUAAUGUUCAGACUUGUUAUUUUUCCAGAAAGAACUCUAAAAUAUACCUAGGGGAUAGCAUGGCCCAUUAUAAUGUACCAAUUAAUUUACCCUAAAUUUUAAUUAGAAAUAACCUACAUGUGGCGGAUGCAGGUUUUGAGGAAAGGGGGGAAGGGGGGGGGGGGUGGGGGCAAGGGGGUAUUAUCCUCAAAAAAUUAUGAUAGAGGGUGAAAAAAAACUGUCUUUGCAAUCUAGUUUAUAUAAAAAUAGGGGGGAUCAUAAAUACACGAUUGUUCCCUAAUAUAUUUACCCCCUUUUAAAAUAUCAUGCUAUGAUCUUCAUAGGACUGGAAAGAUAAAGCACAGAGCUUGAGGGAAGACCUUGAUAUGGGAAUAGCAGAGAUAAAAAAAUGUCCAACCUGCAGCACCCAGUUCACAAGGGAGAAGGACUUUAAAUACCACCAGAAAGGUUGUCAUGAGUGCAUUUGCGAGGAAUGCAAUGAAUCGUUUGACCAUGAGCAAAAGCUAAAAAGGCAUAAAGACAAGAAACAUAAAGACAGCUACAAGUGUGAUCAUUGUCAAAAGACUUUUGCUGAGAAACGAAAUCUUAUAAGACACCAAAAGUCACAUGUUUAG